GGCUGCUAGGGUUUGUGUUGGAUAAAGAAAGCCCUCCUAACAAACCAGCAUUCUUUUCCACCUGAUCAGAGCUAAUUGGCCCCCCUGCAGACAAAAUGACCAAUCACAUCAGCUUCAGAUGAAAACCAACCCCCCCUGCAUUAUAAACAGAGGAAUGAGACAUGUAAACCCAUUUUAAAGAAGAGAUCCCUACAAACUAAAUUGUGGAAAGUUUCUUGCCUGUACUGGGACAAGAACAUAAGAUUACCGCAGUCUACUUUUUGGACCCAAAACCUCUCCCCCUUUCCCCUGCACACUGAUAAAAGCUACAAAGACAUUGCUUAACAUCAGCAGUGGCCUGAGUAUGUUCAGCAGAAGAGGCUCUCCCCCAGUUUUCAGAAGAUGAGAUCAGAUAUGAUAGACAGCACAACCACCAAAUCUAGUGCCCCCCUCCUGGAUCAAAGGCACUUGAGGAUGGUGACUAAAGAUGGACACAGCACACUACAGAUUGAUGGGACCCAAAAGAAAGGUCUGGCAUACCUACGAGAUGCUUGGGGAAUACUAAUGGACAUGCGCUGGCGAUGGAUGAUGCUAGUCUUUGCUGCUUCUUUUGUCAUCCACUGGCUAGUCUUUGCAGUGUUCUGGUACCUCCUGGCUGAGAUGAAUGGGGACCUGGAGUUGGAUCAUGAUGCCCCACCUGACAACCACACCAUUUGUGUUAAGUACGUCACCAGCUUUACAGCUGCUUUCUCGUUCUCCCUGGAGACACAGCUCACUAUUGGUUAUGGCACUAUGUUCCCAAGUGGGGACUGUCCUAGUGCUAUCGCCCUGCUUGCCAUACAGAUGGUCCUGGGGCUCAUGUUGGAGGCCUUCAUCACAGGUGCUUUUGUGGCAAAGAUUGCCCGUCCAAAGAAUCGAGCUUUCUCCAUCCGCUUUACUCAUUCUGCAGUAGUGGCACACACAGAGGGCAAGCCAUACCUUAUGUUCCAGGUGGCCAACACUCGUCCCAGCCCACUCACCAGCGUUCGGGUUUCAGCUAUUCUUUACCAAGAACAGGAGAAUGGUCAGCUGCAUCAAACUAGUGUGGAUUUCCACCUGGACAGUAUCACGUUUGAGGAGUGUCCAUUCUUUAUCUUUCCACUGACCUACUACCACUCCAUUACCCCAUCUAGUCCUCUAGGUGCUCUCCUCCAAGGGGAUACCACUCGCCAUUUUGAGCUAGUAGUCUUCCUCUCAGCAAUGCAGGAGGGAACAGGGGAAACAUGUCAAAGGAGGACAUCCUACCUCCCAUGUGAGAUCAUUCUACACCAUCGCUUUGCUUCCAUGCUGGCCCGAGGUGCCAAAGGGGAAUAUCAGAUCAAGAUGGAGAAUUUUGAAAAGACUAUUCCAGAGUUCCCAGCUGCAGCAGACUCUAAGAGUCCAAAGAGGACUGACAUGAAGAUCCGCAUCAAUGGACAGCACACUGACAGCUUCCAGAUUUCUGAGACCGGUCUGAUAGAAUAGAAUUUGGACUUGGUGCCUUUUUUUUUUAAUUACAUUAAACUUUCAGGUUAAACUUCCAGCCUUCCUUUUCCCCCCUAUUUUCUUUUGUGCUCUCUCUUUUCUCCAUCCUUUUGAUUGCAGUAUAGUGUGCAGAGUAAAAAAGCAUAAAGUGCACAUGUAAACUGAUGAGAAGCUGUUUUAACUGCACAGAAUAGAACGUCAGGGACAAGUACCACACUACAAGUUGUGGGAAAGUACUAAUGCUACCUGCUGAAUUCACUAGACUAUGAUUAAAACUGCACUGACCCUGAAGUGUGAGACUUUCAGACUCCCACAGUUGACCAAAACCUAAUUAAAUGGUAUGUGGGUAGGACACUACGUCAAAAUAUGCAGCAACAGUACAAUGGAAGACCUAAUCUAAAACUAACCUGGGGUUAAAUUACACUAGUUUGGGGAUCAGCAAUGAGGUAGUUCCAAGAUUGUUAUAACCCUUUUACAUUAAAACUUUCUGGGUACAUGGUUACAUCAAUUUUCAGAUGGCUGAACAUCCUUCUAAAACCAUUGACAGUCUUUUCAGUGGCAGUGAAAUGCAUUCCAGAUGUACUUGUUUAUUACGUGAAAUCAAGAGUACUGACUGCAGUUCUUCAUUCCACCAGGUCAGAAGGGAAUACAAUAUCUCUGUGACAGGUCUGUGAAGACAGCAAGUGCCAAAAAUCCUGAAGUGUAUAUAUGUGACACACAUGCUACAGUGGAGAUAUUUUCAUAUUUGGAAACAUUUAAUAAAUUAUUUCAGCAGUAGAAAACAGACUGUUAUACAGCAAUUCAUGUUCUUUCAUGUCUCUUGGCACAGUGAAAUUUUAUGUGUUCUCAGCUUUGCACAUCUUACACUUCGAGUAGUUCUGGCACCACAGGAUGCACUAUAUCUACCAAGAACUGCAUCCAUUUAUAUUUUAUGCUUUUUAAUAUAAAUAUCUAUAUCUGUACACACAGCAUAUAGAUAAAUCAUAUCUACAAAAUCAGACACAUUUGAAUUAAUUUUAAAAUAAAAAGAAUUGAAACAAGUGCUUAUUCAUGGGACUUUUUUUGCCAGGAGUGCCUCGUAAGAAUACCAAGAAGAAAGAACCGUGCUCCUAUAUGCAACAAUUUCUAUUAUGAUCAAAUGGGCUAACAGUUAAGUGGACAGUUUGCUGUCAAUUCACAGCUUCUCAGCAAUGGAAUGCGGCUUUAAAAUAGCUAUUCUGUAUUCAGACUGAAACAACCAACAGUUACCAUCAAAAUAAAUGUUGCCAUUCAAGGAUAAUUAAAUGACUUUUCCCAGCAAUAAAUGUGGCAUAACCACUACUAGGCAAUUUAGACAAAACUAUGUUUACACACUGGAGCUGAUUUUAUUGUAAAGUGACCAACAGCAGGGUAUAUAGUCUGAAGCCAUAUUAGGAGGGCACUGUCUAGUGAGAGUCUUUUUUUCAAACCCAGAAGUACAGAGGUUGUCAGGCUCUGGUCACGGAGAACCUGGUAGGAUAGCUGUUUUGUCAUAAGGUGCCAGCUGCACCUCAUUUCCAGAAGGUAAUUUCUAUUAAAAAGACAGCUAAAGUGAUAUUAAAAUAUUAUUACUUUUCCAUGUUAACUAUUGUUAUAGUUGUCACAGGAAUGUGUUAUGUACCAGAGGAAGGAGGAGGUCCAUGCAGAACUGGAGGGCAGGUGGCCAAUCUCUGAAUUCAAAAAUACUUCAUUGCUCUGAAAAUGUUUCCAUAUCCCUUCCCUACAAUUCUACAGGCUUCAAGGGCUGGUUUUAUUAUAGAGAAUGGAUACUUUCAGUAUUCUGUCUUUCACUCUCAGUAUAAUGGAACCAUAUUUUAGCCCACUGUAGUGCCUGUACAGUAACACCAAACACCAUCUUGUAUUAAUACAUUAAAUUGCCUUUGCCCUCACUGUUCAUAGUUGGUCUCGCACAUGCACUUGAAAGUUCAGCUGUUUCUCUUCAUAACAUUAUUGGCCACGCCCCCAAGAUAUGGAAAGUGGUGGUGAUGAGGGGUGGUUGUGCUAUAUUUAUCCUUUUCUAUUUUUAAGCCCCAAACCAAUAUCCUACAAGUACAGAGGACAACCCUUAAAAAGCAGCAGCAGAACAAGAAAUUGUACUGUAAAUACUUCAUUAAGCAUGGAAUAAAGUAUAAAUAGUUCAAACACGAGGAAGGAGCUUCUUUACAUAUAUUGACAAUUCUCCACUUUAAGUUACAUAAUCCUGUAUAACUCAAUUAUUCUGCAAUUCAGGAGUGUAAUAAUACAUCUCGGUCUAUACUAAGGACAUUGACUGGUGAGACCAUACCAUAGCUAUGGACAUACCCAGGUAACAUAAGGAUCCUUAGAGUCAGGGUAAUUCUGACUAUAUUGUACUGAGUAUUUUGAAUUUUACAUCUUCAGUCGUUAAAACUAUUCUAUUUUAAACCAUUCAUUAUAGCUCUGUUUUUAACUUUUAAAAGCAACAAGUUUAAGAGAGGUAAAAAAUGUUCAUGAAAAUAAUUAAGCAUGUUCUUUUUAAUAUUCAAGUAUUCCUCACAUGACAGGCAUAAACAUGCACUCAGAUGGAAAUCUAUUUGCCACAUUUAACGCUGACUUUCUAAUUGUCUUGUAAAUCAUAAACAUUUGUAAUGUGUUAACAGUAAAACAUGUAUUUCCUGAUCACUA